AGGGUCUUCAACCUUCGAAAUCCAGCUCCUGGUACCUAGGCAGUACUAGUGUUGAUCAGUAAGCCGGAAACAGUUUCGACGCGUCUUCGUAGUGCUCACAACGAUGGGAGACUACGAACCUUUGCUAGUGGAAACAACAGUCAUCAAGUCAUCUGAAACUGAAUCACUCAGACCGAUCACGGUCUACCAAGCGCUGCAGGCAGAACGCUUAGCCGACGAUGUCCAGUUCUCGCUUGGUGGGGCCAAAUUCGAUAAGGUCCUGCUGGUCACCCAUGUCCUUUUACGACCCGGAGAUACCAAUGGUGCUCGAGGUACUUAUGACCUCGAUGAUGGCACUGGGAAGAUACCUGGGUCGCGGGUUAAUAAAGCAGGACUAGAUCAUGAUGCUUUCUUGGCCAUGAUACAACAAUUUGACAACGGUCUAGCUUGUGUUGUAGGAAAUAUUGGCCAGCGUGGCCAGUAUAAAGUAGUCAAUAUUGAGUCCAUGACUGGGGCAGGAUAUCACCAGGCUAUGUAUCAUACUCUAGAGUGUAUGAGAACAAGUUUGAUAAUUGAGAGGCACAAAGAACAAGCUCACAACACAGACGAGAUGCUUGUCGUCCAAGAACUCAAAGGGGACGUAGAAGACUCGAUCAUGGCAGAUGAUUCGAUGGCAGAUGACUCGCGAGCAUUUGAACAUCCUUAUCGUUCAUUUUUUGAUCUGCCGCAGAAUAAUGAAGGUAGAAACGUCAGCUCUCCUCAAACUCCUACUGGACUAUUUCCGCAGUAUGGAGAUUAUAGUGAAAGUCCGAGUUUCGCUUCAACCUCAAAACAAGUUGCAUCCCGAUUUCCUACACUGCCUCUCGCACUUGAGCCUGAAACUCCUCAUUCUGACAUUGUUCAGGUAGCCCAUCCUUGCGGCACGGUCACGCGAACACCGAGCCCUCUUUCUUCCUUUGGCUCAUCGCUCCAAAUCAGUUCUCAUUAUUCUCCACAAUAUUAUAGCCAGCUAGCUCAAUUGACAGCAACACAAUCCGCUAUCGUGUCCAGCCUCAAUCAGCUCCAGGGUAAUGCUAUCUAUGGAGUUUUGAUAAGUCGUGUGUACGAGCGCGUGACACAGGAGAUGGUGAUGAAGAUUACCGAGGAAGAGUUCAGCACCGACAUAGAGUGGCUUCUUGAAGAAAUAUACAUAUUCAGCCCACUCGAUGAUGACCGCAUUGCACUCACGCCUCGCGCAUCAGUCUAGUUUUACCAUCUGCAUAAAUCACAAUUCCAAAACAUAUCCAGCAAUGAUACAUUGGGAGUCCUGACAUUCGAGUUGUACAGUAUAUUUACGAAGUUUGUGUGUCUACGACUCUACGGGCCUGAUAUGAUGUUUUUGGUACGCGCUUGGACGGAAAAGGCAACUCCGAAGCACCGGUGUAGUACUUUCAGCUAGAAUACCCCUGCAUCUUUGCUGCGUGUGCCC